AUGUCGGUGUUAGAACUGCGACAGGAAUCUGAGGAAAACGAAACGAACGAAAUUUACGAAACUUCAUCACGCCUUUCAACACGCCAGAGCGAGUGCGUCGACCCAGAUCCCGCCAACACUGUCGCAGAUAGAAUCAACACGCUCCUUAACUCGUCAGGACCUGGCUAUGUGCUCAGCCUUUGCCCUGAUCGGGAAUACGUCCUACAGAGCCCUAUCUUCUUCGCCGCUAGGAAUCAAGAAAUUAGCACUCAGGGCUACCCGCUUGGCGGCAGUCGCGCCUUGCUUACCGUGAAUGGGCCUGUUGCGAAUGGGACUGGGCAUACUACAGCAGUUGACGGGACAUGUAAUGACUGUGGUGGAAUAACGCUGCGGAACGUCCAGAUUAACGGAGCGCGUCGGAUCGCCCCGCCGACUGGUGGAGGCGCGAAUAUCGAGUUUGGAGGCGGAAAUACCAAUCAAACGAUUGAAUACGUGCGCUCAUAUGACCCACGAAGCUGGUCGUGCUUGCACAUUGCCGAGGGUCCCUUCACUUGCUCGAACGUCGUCAUUCAAAACAACGACAUUGGGCCGUGCGGCGUGGAUACAUUCCAGGAAUGGGCAGAUGGCAUUAGUGUGAGCUGCGCAAAUGCUGUCGUGCGCAACAAUAUGGUGAAGGGAGCAACCGACGGUGGUAUUGUGUUAUUCGGGAGUCCUGGCACACAGGUCUACAAUAACACUAUAUGGGUAUCAAAUGUGACAAACCCUCCUCGGCGUGGCACCGUCGUCCGCGACAAUACAAUCAUCGGCGGGUUUGCCACUAGUCAAGAUGUAGAUGACGACCAGAGAGGUACUAACGCUUUUGACGCCGUCAUCAAAAUCGGAAUUGCAAUCGGACCCGAGACAUGGUUUGGGAGCCGUUACUAUUCGAACGUCAGCUUCAACGGCGUUGUAGAAAACAAUCGGCUUUCCGGGGCUUUCAGCUAUGGAAUUGCCAUCAGCUCUGCGAGGAACUUCCAGGUUCAGAACAAUGUUCUCUUCGGCAAUACCUCCUUCAUUGGUGCUUCUGGGCCAAACUGUUCAAUGACAGACAUUGUACCAACGCCCGCCCCGUUCGUCUACGACAACUCUACUUCCAAUUGUUCCCUCCAGGCGGACUUUGCGUUGAUUCCGGAUGCCAAAUCGCUAACCUGCGUUCUCCCUCCCGACGGAGGGGACUACUGGCCAUAUGGGGGCAAACCAUCGAGUGUUUCGAGCAAUGAACAAUCGACGACCUCCGUUGUUUCCUCUGCCUCAUCGACCGUUGGGAUUGUUUUGGGUGUGGUCAGUGGCGUGGUGAUUUUCGGCUGUUUGGUGUGGUUGCUCCGUCGCUGGUCGGUCAAGCGCAGCGAGGAGCAGCAACUGUUUGAUAUGAGCCGCGUGGUUGUGAGCGGGGAAGGACUGGGAGAGCUCGUGCUCGGCCGUGUCGCUGCACUUGUCAAGGACUUUGUGCGAACGGUGUCGAUGUUGCGAGGGCUUUCCGAGGCCGCAGCCAAUGCUGCAGGCGGGAAGAUAUUCACCUUUGGGUCGUACCGUUUGGGGGUGCAUGGACCUGGGUCAGACAUCGACACGUUGUGUGUUGUUCCAAAACACAUCCUAAGAGAAGAUUUUUUCGAGCAUUUUGAGCCGAUGUUGAAGGGACUAGAGGGGGUUACAGAAGUUUCGGGAGUUCCAGAUGCCUAUGUUCCGGUAAUCAAGGCGAAGGUGUCUGGCAUCCCGCUUGAUUUCCUUAUGGCUCGUCUCGCGCUCUCGUCCAUACCUGACAACCUAUCCUUAAGGGACGACACGCUCUUAAGAAAUCUCGAUGAACGAUGUGUCCGGAGCCUUGGUGGCUCCAGGGUGACUGACGAAAUAUUAAGGCUCGUUCCUAACGUUGAGGUGUUUAGGGACUCGUUGAGGUGUAUCAAGUUAUGGGCCCAUAAACGCGCUAUCUAUUCUAAUGUCAAUGGCUUUCUAGGGGGUGUUGCGUGGGCAAUGCUGGUUGCCCGAAUAUGUCAACUAUACCCCAACGCUAUCGCCGGAGCUAUUGUCAGCCGAUUUUUCAUUAUAAUGUACCGAUGGUCCUGGCCACAACCUGUGCUGCUGAAACAAAUUGAAGAAGGGCCGUUACAAGUCCGGGUUUGGAAUCCAAAGCUCUACCCUGCGGAUCGGGCACAUAGGAUGCCUAUAAUCACUCCAGCAUAUCCUGCUAUGUCUGCCGACAUCGUUGAUCGAGUAAUUGUCGGAAAGGCAACUUGGGCCGACCUUUUCGCGAAACACGACUUCUUUCACAAAUAUCGGUAUUAUCUUCAAGUCAUCGCUUCAACAGGCAAACCUGACCUGCAAAUUAAAUGGGCCGGUACAGUGGAGUCUCGAAUACGACAACUUGUCAUGAAGCUUGAAUAUGUCGAAUCUUUGACCUUAGCCCACCCUUUUACCCGAGGCUUCGAACAGACAUUCUAUUGUCUAACGGACGAGGAAGUGCGACAGGUUGCGCAAGGGACUAUCUCCGAUGCGGUUCUCAAACGGAAGAAGGAGGACACGGAGGGCAAAGACGGUGGUGGCGUGGUAUAUUCAACAACAUUCUACAUCGGACUUAUGAUCGAGCCGAGACAAGCUGGUGCGGUCGGUCCCCGGCAAUUGGAUAUCUCCUACCCAACGCAAGAAUUCACCAAGCUUGUCAGAGUGUGGGAGAAGUUCGACGAAGGUUCAAUGAGCAUUUUCGUCCAACAUAUCAAGAGCUCUAACUUGCCUGAUCAUGUGUAUGAUCCUGGAGAACGACCACAGAAACUUGUUGGGAAGCGCCCCAAGGGCCCAAGCAAGUCGAGCAACACCUCACCAGAUAUGCCCUACACCAAACGCCGACGGUCGGGCUCCCAUCCAGCAGCAUCUGAUCAAGCAUCACCACGAAUGACUGAGAAUGAUGUUCCUCUCGCACUGACGCCGGUGGUCGAGGCUACUGGGCCAUACUCAUCUUCAAAAGACACGCCGCAAUCGCAAGUCAGGUCACCACAUUUGCCGUUUGGGGAAAAUGUCUCCAUUGCUCAAGGAACGGUGUCUGCGCAAUAG